UGGGCCUCCGAAAGGUCGAUCCUUGUUGCACUUUCUGCGAUGCCACCGCGGGCGCUCGGCGGCGUCGCGCUGGCCGCCAUCGCCUUGGUGCUGCUCGCGAUCCUGCAGCGCCACGAGGCUGACGCGAGCGAGAGCCUCCUCAGUAUUAGCCAGACGGGCGCAUGCAUCUCGGUGCUGAGCACGCUCGGUAUCAUUUGCAGCUACCGGUACUCGAACGACAGUCGGUUCCGGCGCCAUCCCAACUCGCUCUUGUACUGGAAGGCGAUGACGGACCUUGCCUACUCGGUACCGUACCUGCUCGGGUAUGUGGCCAAGACGACGUCCGAUACUGCGCUUGUGUGGAUCGUGCUGCCGCACAGCCUCGCGUACAGCUCCGAGUGCUGGUUCUUCCUCAUGGCCUAUGACCUCUACAAAAGCGGCACGAAUCCCUUUACAAACACGACAAGGCGCCUGCGCUGGUACCAUGCGCUGGCGUGGGGCGUCGGUCUUCUUGCUGCGAUAGCGCAGUGGUACGUCAUUCCGGCCUAUGCGCUCCAGGACGUGGAGGACGACGACAAGUCGGCCAUCCGCAUCGUCUACUACCUCUUUGUCGUUCUCUGCGUCGCGUCGGCCGCCGUCUUUAUCGUGCUCGAGAAGCUCUCGCAGCCGCUCGGCGGCAUCACCGAGGCGCUCAAGACGCGCAAAGCCAUGCUCAUCGCUGCGCGCACGUACACGACGGCGUAUGUCAUCUACCAGCUGCUCUUGAUCGUGCUCUGGGUGCUGCUCGCAUUUGCGUCGCCACGUGGCACGGUCGAGUGGGCGCGGGCUCGGUAUCUCGCCAAGCUCCUCACGGGCGCGCGCGGCUUUAUGGACCUCGUGCUGUGGUUCUCGAUCAACCGGCGGCGGCCGGCGUCGCGCCGGUCAACCUCUGCGUCGCGCUCGAGCUCGAGCGAACUCGAUGUGGAGCUCCAUCCCGAGCUCAAUGUGGCAUUGCGCAAAGAAGUGCUGCAUUUUACGACACGGGGUAUUGUGGCUGCGUCGCUGCACUCGCACCAGAUUCUGGACGCCGACCAGUACCGCGUGCUCAUCAACUUGCACGAACUUGGCAUGCACAUCCAGUUUUACGACUACAAACCGCGCGCAUUCCGGGACAUUCGGUCGGGCUUUGGCGUGCGCGAGUCGGCGUACCGAGCGUCGUUCUUGGCCACGUGCCACGAACGCAUUGCGUCCGGCGGGUCGUCGGGCGCGUUUAUGUUUUACACGGCCGACUAUGUCUUUAUCGUCAAAACCAUCACCAAGGACGAGCGCCGCGUGCUCUUGGCGAUGCUGCCGGCCUACAUUCGGUACAUGAAGGCGAAUCCGGGCAGCCACCUCACGCGGUACUAUGGCUGUCACGCGAUUCAAAUGUACGGGCAAAAAUUUCACUUUCUUGUCAUGGGCAACGCCAUGGGCAAGGUGAGCAUGCACCAGUUCUUUGACCUCAAGGGGUCGUGGAUCAACCGCAAUGCCAAGCCGACACCGCCCGGGCAAACUCGCAUCUGUACCUACUGCAACGAACCGUUCAAAGUCGGGUCGAGUCAACCGUGCGAGUUUAGUAUCCACGGUGUGCACUUGCCGCACCAAGUGCUUCGCGACAAUGAUUUCCAGCGGAAAAUGCGGCUGCCGGCCGAGAUCGUCGCAUCGAUCCUCGCCCAGCUCAAAAAGGACAGCACCUUCCUGGCCGACCAAGGCAUUAUGGACUAUAGUCUCUUGCUCAGUAUCCACUGCGCGCGCUUCAACGUCGACCCCAACACGAUUCGGUUAACGCCCAAGACGCCGCAGCACCACUUUGCGGCGGUGACGCGGCACGCACCGACGUGCUACUUGACGCCAAGCCAGAUGGGCCCGGCCAUGUCGCCCAUCACCCUCGAGAGCACAUUGGACGAUGAAGAGUCGAACGUCCUUCAAAGCCGCGGCUGCCGGUUUUCGGUCUACGACGGCGACGACGACGUCGAGACGCCAUUGUUUCGCAAGUCGUCGGUCGAGUUUGGGACGUUUGAGACUCUCCAUCUUGGUGCGGACGACAUGGACGACCUCGAAGAAGGCAGCGUGUCCCGAUCCCACUACCAGGAUCUGCCGUGGGCCGGCCAGCGUACACUCGACAUGUGCGGCUACAAGGCGUGCGCGGUCGUCGGCCCCGAUUACUAUACCUUUGGCAUCAUCGAUAUGCUGCAGACGUGGACGUGGCAGAAGCGCGUCGAGCGCUGGUGGAAAGUACAUGUGUUGCAGCGCGACGGCAACGGCAUCUCGGCCGCGCCGCCGCCGUUCUAUGCGACGCGUUUCCAGUCCAAGAUGGAGUCGAUCAUGACAGUCGGGCACCACGCGGUCGGUGUGCUCUGAGCUAAUUGUUUGUCCCAUUUUCGUUGUUUUUUCAUCGUCUU